CUCAUUUGCACUGGCUACAUUAAAGCGUCAACUGUCACUCUUCUCCUAGCUGGAUCCAAUGCAGACAGAAAGCACAGAUUCGAGGAUGCCAGAGCCCCUUCCACAAGACCCUGGUAUUCCCGAAGGCCUCAAAACAAGCCCCCUAAACACCGAGGCUCUCGAGGAGUUUGCCCAAAACAUGUCAGAACACAUACUUCGAUCAGUUUUUAGCCAAAAAGAAACAGUAGAACCUGAGGAGUCCAUUUAUAACCAAGAGCACGAAAUGCUAGCUGAGUCGCUAGCAUCCGCAGUGAUUGAGAUCGCUCUGAGUGAAGUGUGUAGAGGAAGAAACUUAAAGGACCACAUGGAGGGUGCUGAAAUAGAGAUGGAGAACAACAAGGGAGAACGCCAGUCUUUUGAGGAUAAAUCUAGAAGAGACCAAGAACACCAGACUUCUACCCAACCUUACCAUCCACCUCUAUCCCAGUCAGGGCUUCCCGCUGUGGGAUCCCUCGACUACCCCGACGCCCCACCGACCACGCCUCUUCUCCCAGAGCUGGAGAGGAGCAGAAGCAGCUUCGCCCGUAAGCUAAAAGGAGGCCUGGCAAAGGUUUUCCUACCCUCGCCUCCUCCGCCAACGCCAAAGGACAAGGAGGACAACGGAGACGCUUUGAUCAGCGACCCUCAUGUGGAACUGAUGGAGCAUCUCAUGCAGUCGCUGUCUACAGAUGAUUUGGGGAGAGGCAGUUUCGAAGUAGCACCUCUGCAUGAACCAACUAUAGAGGCUUUUGCACAGGCUCUGUCAUGUGAUAUCACUAAGUGGGUUCUGGCUGCCCAAAAAAGAGAACAGAUGUCACAUGACAGUGAUCUUAACCUACUGGCCCAACAGCUAGCUGAAGCCAUUAUCACCUCCUCCAUUGAUGAAGCUAAAGUGCUUAUCUAGGAUUUAAAGUGAUUCAUGGAGUCAGGUAUGAUGAACAGCCUAUAUAUAUGCACAAACAAGCUUAGUCCAUUGACUAUAUAUGUAAAAGGUGGACAUAGCCACCAUAACACAAUCGGUUUAAUUGUCUUUUGUAGCUAUCUUAGUGUUUUUAAGUCAGACACGAAAAGUGAACAACUUAUUGGUUAACAGCUUAUGAGUAACAAGUCAUUAACCAAUUAGCAUUUCCUGGUUUAUCCACCUUUCUGACUCAAAUAAUGACGACAAAUUUACAAAGGAAUUUCAUAUUCUGUACACUAUGACCUGAAACUAGCAACUGAGCCUCAAAAAGUUACCAGGUAUUCAGUGGCAUCAGAGAGUAUGGAAGUACUUCUAUAAUAGCAGAAGGCUUUUUAGAAACCAGAGUAAUCGCCCCCUGUUGGGCAUCAGAAAGAAUCAGAAUCAGAAUCCUUUAUUGAUCCCUAGGGGAAAUUAUUUAAAGAAUGCAGGUUAAAGCUAGAUAGACAGAUAGAUAGACUAUCUCGAGCAUAUACUUUGGUCCUACUCCAUAUCCUCCUUCGCUACAUGAUGACAUGACAAAACAUUCUGUUCUGCAGCACAGGGAGAGAAUAUGCCUGCCACUUUGAGUUCUCUAAGCCACUAAAACACUGUGGAUUGUGGACUAUUUUUAGAGUUGGUCUUUAUAUAUUAUAUAUAUUAUAUUAUAUAUAUUAUAUAUCCUUUCUGUGCAGCUUUUGACUACAAUCCUCCAUAGUCCUACCCAUUACCAAGCCAGUACUUCUCUGUUGGUCACUCUGUAGACUUAGAAGCUAAUUCUAUCAUUUAUAUACAGUCUGUGGGGUCUGUUACUGUUAUUUCCUCUAAAGUAGGCAACACACAUUAUCUUACGCCAAGAUUUGGGAAUUUCAUUUGUUACAGCAGCUAAUAUGAUUAAUUUGCAUUUAAUUUUAAUAUUAUAUUAAUGCUAUUUAUUGAUGAUAACAUAUUAUUAUGAGUUCAAUUGUGUAUUCGUUUGUGUUUCUUGUUUAGAAAUGAACUUGUCGUUGAGGUUAAGGUUUCUGUAUCUUGAAAACUGCUGGAUGAUAAGUAACUGUUACAUUUCAUGAUGGAUUAAAGUACACUGGAUCUGACUUUUAUUUAUUUCUUACAAAAAAAAUACUUGGCUCCAGUAGCAAUAACCAUAUUUGUCCUUUGGAUGGCAGCACAGUAAAGACAUUACAGCAUGAGCUCAGCGGUGCUGACCUACUUGGGACAUGAUAACAACUGGAAUUAAUUCUGUUUUCCAUUUAGGAAAUCAUUUACUUUUAAAUGGUGGUCACCUGUCAGUAAAAUUGUUUUGUUUUGUUUGAUUUUGCUUCUAUGGUCAGGUCCUGCCAAAAGGGAAAGCCCUGCUAAAUAUAAUGCAGAGUACAACGACUUGCAGACUGCUAUAGCUGUAAGAGAAGAUGAAACUGGACAGCAGAUGUUUUGUAGAUGAACUUGUAUCACACUGGAUUAUAAUCAGACAUAACACUGGCAAAUUGUUUGGUUAGCUUUCUUUGUAAUCACCCUCAAAAUCUUUAUGUAUCCAGCAUGACUCAUUCGGCCCGUACACUGAGCAACGAUACUGGCAUUUUGGACAAAUUUGUGUUCUGGCUCAGAGAAAGCUCGUUUUCAUACUCGCUUAGUCGUUGAAGUCAGAUCUUGGAAGAACAAAAAGAAAAAAAAGUGGGCGCCACAGGUCUUAACCAAACACUGAUGCGAUCCUGGAAUCAAAUAAAAACUCUGUUUUCUUUUCUAAAUCAGUAACUACUUAAACACAGUUGGAGAUCGCCAAAUUUAUUGCAAGAAAAUCUUUGCUGAACUUUUAAAGUGCUGUUUUGAAUAAAGAGUUUUAUUGUU